AUGGCCUGGGUGAACGCCGCGUCUCACCUCUUACUCCUGAUGUGUUAUGUGUCCAGCGGUGCGUGUUGGGAGAAGCUGAGCCGAAACAAAAGGACUUGGAUCAUCGAGUCUUUUGCCAUUGAGGAGGAGCAUCCAGGUCCGUUCCCAUAUGAGCUGGGCAAGAUCAAUGUCGAGCGUCAGUACCUCAUUUACUUUGACUUGUGUGGGGAAGGAGUGGACGAGGAGCCGCGGGGAGUCCUGUCAGUUCACAGGGAGUCAGGCACCAUUUUGGUCCACAAGCCUGUCGACUACGAAAAGCAGACAAUGCUGAGGCUGAGCUUUGAGGUCAAAAAAGAAGACCUAUCACUGGACACCAAACUGGGCAUCCAGAUUUCAAUCCUGGACAUCAACGACAAUCCUCCACGUUUCCCCAGCGAGCUGUACGAAGUCAGCGUGAAUGAAGACAGCGUACAAGGCUCCAGACUCAUGACGGUGGUGGCGUACGACAGAGACCGAAGAGGGACGCCCAACUCCACAUUCCAUUACGGAAUCAAGUCUGUGUCUCCAGACGUCCCUGAUGCUGAAUUCUACGUGGACGACUCAGGAACCAUCUCGUUCAGAGGAUGCUUGGAUCAUGAGGUUUCUGACAAGAUCGCGGUGGUGGUGGAGGCCAAAGACCACGGCGACAUCAUCAGACUGUCAAGCUCAACAACUGUGAUCAUUCAUGUCCAGGAUGGCAACGAUCACCCUCCAUACAUCAGAGGGGUAACGGGCUCUCGAAGAGUGAAGGAGAAUCAGUCUGGUGUGUCUCCUCUGCGUCUGCGUGUGACCGAUGGCGACUCUCGACACAGUAAAGCCUGGAAAGCCAAGUACACGAUCCAGGGAGACGAUGCAGGACACUUCAAGAUAGAAACUGAGCCAGACAGCAACGAUGGAAUCCUCUCAGUAGUAAAACCUCUGGACUUCGAGGAGGCGGCACAGAGAGAGCUGCUCGUUUCAGUGGAGAACCAGGCGCCAUUUUUCUACUGCGAGGUGAAGGCCAGAACUGAUUCGGGUCCUUGGAUCGUGGACACCAGCCAGAGAGCCGCGCGGCCUCACUCCGUGAGGGUCACCAUCAUGGUGGAAGACGUCAAUGACCCGCCAGCGUUCAACAAGGCCGCAAACAAGGCCACGCUGGAAGAGAAUGCACCUAUUGGGACCUGGGUGGAGAAAGUUAAUGCUGUUGACCCAGAGUCCAGCAUGGACCAAGAUUUUGUAUACAAGGUGGGACACGAUCCGGCUGGAUGGCUGAUGGUGGACCCGAACACAGGAGACAUCAUGACAGUCAAAUCCCCUGAUAGAGAAUCUCCUCAUGUGGUCGACGGCAUCUACAGAGUCUUGGUUUAUGCAGUCGACAAUGGAAGGCCGACUCAGACUGGCACAGCAACAGUAGACAUCCACAUCAGUGAUCAGAAUGACAAUGUCCCGAAGCCAACAACGGACUUGGUGGAUGUAUGUGUGUUUGAUGGACCCACCACCACCAACAUCUCCGCCUUUGACCCGGAUGGAAGUCCCUUCGGAGGACCCUUCACUUUUGAGUUGCUGGAUCAAACCAGCCCUCUGUGGAAGCUGAAUCCCUCAUAUGGUUUCUCUGCCGGCCUGGUCAAACAGCCUGCAGUGUUUCCAGGCCCACACAGAAUUACGCUGAAGAUCUCUGACAUGCAGGGAAGGUUUGGCGUUUACAACCUCAGUGUGAUCGUGUGUGACUGUUCUGUGACACCGCACUGUAGAAACCGUCACCAGAGCGCCACAAAAUCCGUCACCGGGGCGGCCGUCGUGGCUUUCGCCUCGCUGACUUUGCUUCUCUUUCUUUUGCUGAUGGCUGUCACCAUUUCCUGCAAAAAGGAGUUCACCAGUUUGCAGCCCAGUGGUUCAUCUGGCGAAACUCUUCUGCCAUCCAACAUCGAGCCACCAGGAACAGACUGCAAGAUUCCUGCUGGCAUUUCAGCUGUAUCUGACAUGUCCCGCAGCCAUUCGUAUCCAUCUAACAGUCAAUAUGACAGAGAGCGUUCGACUUCAAAGUUCCAGAACAGGACGACCACAAACGCCCUUCAUGCGACAGGGUCCUGCUCCACUCUGGAUUUGUUCCUGUUUGACCUUCUUCAAUGGAGGCUUUCAUCGCUCCAGAAGACCGAAGAGAACGGAGCAGAUGACCAGCCUCACAUCUACAUGGACGAGGGCGACUUUGACAAAGACCUUCUGGAGGUGGAGAUGACACCGCCUCAUGAGGACAACUUUCUAGACUCACUGAAGGACCUCGACCCCAAAUUCGCCACACUGGCCUCCAUUUGCAUGUCGGAGCACGCCGACAUGUGAAUCCGUGAAUUGGUGUGGCAUGACGUUCUACAACUUUCUUCACAGCAGAACCAAGAGGCAUUGAUGAUUUUGGUUUCGUUUAAUAGCAACUGUUACUUGGUUGACAGCACUAACACGAGGAAAACAAAACUGGCUUCAAUUAAACUUUGUGAUUGAAAAGAAAGAGCUCCUUUAAAGGACACUGUCACAAGCAGACGGUGACCAGUCUUCAAAUGAAAUGACUUGCCUCAGUAUUUAAGGGGCAUGUUUACAUAGUUCCAUCGAUAUAUAUUCAAUUCCAAGUACAGUUGCUGAGUAAAGAAACGAUACCUACAAUAUAAGGUGCAACAGACCCAUCAAUGGACUGAUAAAUCAAAAGCCGUUAAAGAGAAAAGAAAAGGUAGUUUUAAAUAAGUAGAAAACUACAAUCUUAUUUACAAUAUGUUUUAAACAAAAAAAUGCUUAGACCCGUCCACUUCCGAUUUUUGGGAGAGGUCGCUGCUCAACUGUGCUCUGGCUUUUCCUGCCUCGGCCCUUGAAGCCUCUUCCUCUGAUGUAGCGGCCGGGAACGCCAAACGUUUCCAUGUUGAGCUUCUUCUCUUCGGCCCACGUGGUCCUCCUGCGGGUUCAGCAGUCGGUCAACAUCGCCCAAACAGUGCCCAUAGAAAACAGACGCGGGAGACUCACUUGGGCUUCAGCUCGGCCGACACGUUGUCAAAGAAGCUCCGAGCCUUGUCGUAGUACUUCUCCGCCAGCGUCUCCUCCUCCGCUGUGCUCGGCACCUCUGAGGCCUCCACAGAAUCCUUCUCAACUGUGGGAGAGUUGAGGUCAGCAACUCGUGACAGACCGAACCAUUGCCAACGUGAAACUCACCUGUAGUCUCCUUUUUCGUCAGGUCAUCUUUAAACUGAGCGUUGGCAGUCUCAAAAUCAAAAUCGGAUUCAAACUGCAGCGUUGUAGGUUUGGUGCCUUUCACAAGAAGCUGUCCUCGGCUGCGGUUCCUGAUCCUACGAUUGCCUGCAAGGACGGACGAGUAUGUGAAGGUUGCGACUAGUUAACAAGCGGCCUUUUUGAGUUUAAACUGGACCAUGGGACUAAAUCGCUCAAAAGAAUAGAAUAUUUUUCAGUGCAACAUCUGGAGCCACAAAUCAUUUGAAGGAGCUGCUCCCCAGAAUUUCAUCUUUGUAGUCUGAGAACGCUGCUGCCACCUGCUGUCCAAUGAAGCACCAGGCUCUAACUGGGCUAUUAAAGAGAUUACAAAUGUACAAUUAGGAGUCUAUGGGGGAAGAAAAAAAAAUAAAAUCGACCAUAAGGGUUUAACAUUUAUCCACUCUGGGAUCUGAUAUUGGAUGUGGUGACUGAAAACAGCAGAUCCAUGUGGAUAAAAGGCUGAAACUGAUGGCAAGACUUAUCUUCCAAAUGCUGCACCAACUAUUCCACAUGAUACUAGAAUCUUACAAUGUUUGCCUUGCAGAUAAAAUAAA